ACACUCCAAGUCAUGGCUCCUCGCGAAUAUGAAGUGAAGAGCUCUGCCCCAGACAGUGUCUACAGGUCCCAUGCGGCCAGGAUGGGGCCUUGGAAGUGCAGGAGCUGCCUCAGUGCUCUGCUGAUCCCCCUGGCGCUCUGGAGUAUGGUUGUGAAUGUCUUACUGUACUUCCCAAAUGGCCAAGCUUCCCACACCGCCAGCACCCAGCUCAGCGACUACGUGUGGUAUUUUGAAGGGAUCUGUUUCUCAGGUGUCAUGAUGCUCGGGGUGGCAGUGGUCCUUCUCGUUCUGGACAAUGACAAGUACAGAUGUUGCCAGAGUGAAAACUGCAGUGACACCUACACGACCUUGCUGUCAAUCGUCUUCUCUGCCCUUGGAAUUGCUCUCUCUGGGUACUGCCUGGUCAUAUCUGCCUUGGGUCUCGUCCAGGGCCCAUUCUGUCGCACCCAUGGCGGCUGGGAAUAUGCCUUCGAAGAUACCGCAGGACGCUUCCUCACAGAUUCCAGUGUCUGGGGUGAGUGCCUGGAGCCAGUCCACGUGGUGCCGUGGACCAUCAUUUCCUUCUCCACCCUCAUAGUCCUCAGUGGGCUUCAGGUGAUCAUCUGCCUCUCCAGAGUGGCCAUUCAGUUGUCCAAUAUACAGUGUGGAACCUACUCGGUCAUCGGCCAGGGCUUCACCGUGACAUCUGGAGGACCAGCUCAGCUGCGUGAUGGAUGCGUUGCCCUGAGAGUGACCUUGACCUUGACCUUCCCCUCUGAUAGCUCCAGGAUCUCUUCUAUAGGCCACACGUUCAUCGUGGGCAGCGCCCUCUUCCUAAGCUUCUCCCGAGACCCCCCGCCCUCUUGCUCAGACUCCUGCAGGUCGGCCCUCCAGUUCACCACACAUUUGGACCGUCCAAACCUCUUAGCGAUUCCGCCGUCAGCUGACGGACUCCACCAGAGAACUGGAAACGUAGUCCAGUAA